CGCGUUGGCUGUCGCGUCUGCUGGUUCCGCGCGCGCGAGCCGCGCGACGCAGCACAGCCUCCCAGUGCGUGUGAUACAUGCCGUAGCCAUAGCCGACGGCGCGGGCUGUACCGUUUUCUUUUUCUCCUCACCGCCGACCUCUCGCGCCGUUAUCUUGCAAGAAGGAACAAGAGGAGGAGAGGAGGCGCGGGGCCCGAACCUUCCCUUCCCCCUUUGUGUGCGCCGCUCGUUGCUGCUGCAUCGCGUCAUCGUCGCCGCAUCGACGUGGAACGAACGAGUCGGACCGCCGAGCCGUCCACCGGCCGACUUUUUAUCCCCCUUGCUAGCGAACGAAACCAAGGCGACGAGGAUUCUUUUUUCUUUUUUCUACGACGACACGCACGAUCUUCGAGACAAGACUCGAGUCGUUUCCGCUCCGCAGCAUAUCCACGUGCUUGUGUCGCGUCGCGUCGCAUUCGACCUCGUCGUCGAUUCGACACGCCUCGACGCCUUCUCGUCGGUGCUGACUCCGAGACCGAACCAUCGGCGAUUGUGUGAGCCGGCGAGUAUUCUGCAAAACGGUGGUUUGGGUUGUGCGUGGCUUCGUCGGCGUGUAUACGUCUCAAGAAGACGCACCGAGUGAUUAUUGUGUUUUGCAACGACUUCGAAGACACGGCUCUGUGCGACGCAAGUGCGCGUGUGCGUUUGUGCGUGCGAAUCGUGAUAUUUGCAUAUGCUUUCGGCGUUGUGUUGUUACCGCACUGGUGACUAGACGCGUGAUAACGCAAGAGUCGGCAGUGAACUCCAUGUGUUGUGAGCCGUUUCGGGAGGGAUUGGCUGAUAGAAAGAACCAGGACAAGCACGUCAUUGGCAAGAAGAGCAAGAAACCAGCAAAAAAAGAGAAGAGGCCGAAGGAAGCACGUCCAGGUCUGCCGUGCCCCGAGCGGUGGCGCGAACGCGCGGGAAACCGGGGGGCUGUUCCGAUGACUGGAGCAGCGGUCGUGGCGGCGCGCCUACAUGCCCUGGCGGCGUGAGGCGGCCAUGCAGCAGAUCGGUCAGCUGCCGCCCAUGACCCAGGAGCAAGAAGUUCGCACGGCACAGACGCCCCCCUGUGCGAACGGCCCCAAUGGUUCUGCCAGGCAAGAUGGCUCGGGCCCACCGCCGCUGCAGCAGCGCAAGACGCCGGGUGAUAAGCCACUCUCCAGCGAGCUGCUGGAGACCCUCCGGCGAGAGUGCCUCGAACGCAGUGUAUGUACCAGGGUGGCGCGGCUGCCCAGCAUGAUUGAGAAGGCGCCGCAGCCCAUCAAGCUGGAGUCUCCUUUCUUCAAGACGGAGGAGCCGUCGGAAGUCCCUGUUCCCAAGAACCCCGCAAUAACCUCGUCCAGAACGGACAAGUCACAUCUAAGGUCUCCGUCCCGGACACUGCAGCAGAGUCUGCACCAACAAAACCGCCAUCAGCACCACAACCAACUCGUCAGGAUCCCUUCGAGCAGCGUUAAGCAGGAGAGCGUUCGGGGUCACGAGAGUUCCGAAUCGGAACUUCGAGGGCCGAGGUCGUCGCCGGCGUCAGUGGAGCGUUCCCAGCGUCGACCCAGCACGGAACUUUCGUCCCCGCCUCCACUGCAAAGCGCGGUGCAGUCCUCGCAGCAGCAGCAGCAGAGGCAUCACCAGCAGCCGCAGCGACACCGGGCUGCGGAGGAACGACGUCAGGGAGAAGGCGACAUGGUGUGCAAGAAAGACGACAGUCAAAUGCGCGCUGGCGUUGCCAAGUGCAAUUACGUGCUCAGUGACAACUACGAAAACUUGUCCGGUGACGAGAGUCCCGCGUCGCGCUCCCUGGAGGCAUCCAACGUGGACCACAAGGCCAUUGAACUUUUCCUACCUCUCGUAGAUGCCAUGGAAGGCCAGGGACAAAACGAUGGCUCCGCCGGUUCCACGGUUGUUGCUUCGGAAGAGUUUUCCGAAAGCGCUUGUGAUGCUACCGACGACUACGACGACCUGCCGGAGGAAGGCAGCCUGGUCAUUGAUGACGAAGGCGUCGAUGGCGAAGCGAGCGCACCUAGUGGCGCUGCCGUUGCGAACACCGCAGGUUCCAAAAAGGUUGUGUCAGGAACAAGGUUAAAAUGGCCACACGAGUCGCCUACGUCCAUGACGCCGGAUUCACCGCGGGAAACGUCUUCUCCCGCGCCGAGGGCUGACCACAUAUCCACGUCCAGGAGCCAGGUCGUCGAUGACGCAGCCAACGCCGCCUCCAGGUGGCAACUACUGAAAGACCUAAAGAACAAAAAGUCCAAGUUGGGCCUACUUAGAAAGUCGACGUCCGCGGACUCCUCGAGAGGCGACGACUCGGGCGUGGCUCAGCCAUCUCCGCUGACGCCACGUCAGGGCGACUCGCCGCCACCCGGCGCCCGGAGGCCGGGCAGGCGACCCCACCCACGGCCUGGGAACGCCGUGGCGCCCAGCGCCGGGGACACUAACCAAGAAGACAGGUCUGGCGGUGCCUCGAGGUUGGGUCCCGGGCGCCUCUCUGCCGACGACCAAGGUGACGGUGCGUCAACGCCCCCGCUUCGCAACGGUCCGCGUAGACGCUCCCGCUGGAAGGGAUCCGCUUCGCAAGACGACGAAGACGCCGGCGGUGCCGAGAGUGGAAGCAACGCGGACUACCAGCUCAGCUCGGACGAGGAGACGUCCAAGAGUUGCUCGGACCAGCCGACGCCUCCGCCUCUGCCGCCACCCGCACAGGCGUCUCACUUAGGCGGCAAGAAGCAGCGCAAGAACUCGGAAGACAACCACCGGCGAGGCAGCAGCAGCUCUCUUAGCGGCGAGCAGCAUGGCGAUGAGUCCCGCUACAAGCGGCUCGCCCAGGAGCUGCCGGGCUUCAACUGGUUAGAGCAGAAGAUCAUGGGCCACGGUGGCGGUAACUUCGCCGAUGCGUCGCCGUCCAUUCCCAAGCACGUGACCCGGGAGGCGCCCGUGGUGGUCGCCGCUGCCCCUACACCUGAGAGGACGGAACAGAAAGCGCCUACGUCUCCUCAGGAGCCGAAGCGUGUCUAUCCUCCGGGCACAGACAUCCUCACCCGUUCCAUGUCCGAGAUACAAGACGACUGCAUUGACGAGGAUGUGGGCGAGGAGGCACCUGUUAUGGAAGCUGCUGUAAUAGCUGCGCAAGAGGAGGACAAAGCUGAAGGGGACGAGCAACCGCAGGAGAUGGUGCAACAGGAAAUUCCAAGACAGAUUCUUGUCACCGCGCUUCCUGACACUUACACGAGCGAUCCUCGUAUUUCACAAAUGAUAACGUCUACGGCCCUUAUUCGACCGCAGUAUCCUAUGGAAGUUCAUGUGGCUGGCCAAAAUGCGGCACUUGAGCUACCAAUGGGUGCCUCUGGACUAGCCUCUGCGCCGAUGUUGACGUGCGUUCCUCAGGGCAUGCAGGAUGUAGAAGGCGAGCCUAGGCCUUCUUCCAAAUCCCAAGCCGACGCCAUUCAGCAGGCGAGGGCGGCUCCGGAAGAGCAGUCGAGCGACUCCGACGUGCUCUAUCUUGGAGUGUCUAGGAAGAGCUUGUCACCAGGAUCCGAACACAGCGGAGGGGACCACAGAACUUCGGCGUUGUCCGAAGCCAGCAAAGUAUCGGAGAUGUCGAGGUCUGCGGACAACAACGUUACGCAGGCAGCAGUUGCUCAGAAACACCGUGCGGGGGUGCCAGAACCAAUAAACUUGAGCGAUGCGGCCAGGCGGGGCGAAGUUUAUGGUUCACCAAGGGAGCACUAUUCCUUCUUUCAGCCUCAUCCAUUUGCCGUCGCUGAACAUCAGAGAUGGCUAGAUGAGCGUCGCUACCACGAAAUGAUGAACGCUCGUGGACCUGUCGUUCAGCAGAGACACCUCCCUCCGUCACAGAUUUCACCCGAGUUGAGUCAGAGAAGGCAUUCCGGAGGAUCGCUGAUCAUGCCGAAUCGCAUGGAGACGCAGCAGCAGUAUAGGCCUCCGGUACCUGAGCGCUCGCCGACGCUGCGACAAGUUCCGCCUCCCCACCAAGGCCCGUCACCCCAUCAAGCACUAUCGCAGCACCAACCAACGUCGUCACAUCAGCCGCACCUGUCGCAUCAGCCAUCGCAUCAAGCCCAGCUUACGCAACAGGCGGCUCACUCUCAGCAGCCACCGCCUUCGCACCAGGCACAUUACUCACACCCGGUGCAGCCAUCCCAUCCACCGCCGCCUUCCCACCAGGGACAGCUUUUACACCAGGCGCCACUAUCGCGUCAGAUACCGAUUUCGCGUCCACCUCAGCAGAUGCAUCCAACGGGUUCGUAUUACCCUUUGCCUCGAGCACAUCAAGCGCCGCCAGGCGGUCAGCAUCUUCAACCACUUCCAGCACUGACUCGUGACACCCCGCCUCGCAACGGCAGGCCAGAACUCUAUCAAGCUCAGCAGCGCUACAAAAGCAUGGAACAAACGUACGGAGUGAGUCCCCACGCCCAACAAAUGGGCCCGUACGCCAUGCCUCAAAUGCCAAAGCAAAAUCUUGACCCCGCUGCUAAAAACGUGUCCCCGCCGACAGGAAGCCUUUACAUGAAAGACGGUAAGACAGAAGCUUCGUACAAAGAAAUCGGAGCUUCCCGAUCAGAAAGACUGGGGCCUGGGGCACCGCCGACAGCUCCAAGUAAUGCGAAGCCUCCACCGAGUUCACCCCACACACAACGUCCUGAAUCAGCCGGCCAUUCUUCACAGACGAGCAGUCUGAAAACAGAAAUGGAAGGGCUGAAGGACGAGUUGAAAUACUUGGACGCCUUAGCCGCUCAAAAGGAGGCUGAAUACGAGAAAGUGGUGCAAACGAGAGCCGAAAAGCUAAAGACCUUAACGCAACUCGAAGCUAGGUAUAAGCGUUCGCUCGAACAGCCACAGCCGCAGCCGUAUCCGAAGGACGACGGUCGGUAUCCUGGUACGGCUGUUGACGUUCGGCAGGGACAAAGCCCAGCUUCUUCGCAAUCAGAGAAGGCAGCUUCUCUUGUGGAUGACCCGAAAGGCAUUCCGAGGCAAAGGCCAUCACCAGUCGGUGGAGGUGGCCAGCAAAAGGCGUCACCUCCAGCUCUGUCCUCUCCGCUUGCGAAAACCUCUCCUGGGCAUCAGGCAGUACCUGGACUCAUUCCUUAUCCGCUUUCACAUCCUCCGCAGCACACCAGACCACCACUGUCGCUUGCUUCGCACGUCAACAUUCCUUUAAACAUGCCGAUUAUGGGGGCCGGUAUGUUCAACAUGCGAAAUAUGGAGCUACAACGAGAAUUCGCGCCUAUGUUGGCGUCCCAGCCGCUCAACUCGCCACUGAUGCCAGGGUACGGCCGGCCGUACUACCCACUCGACAGGAGCAAGCAGCCAAGCCUUCACCCUAUGGAAGCGCCAAAGCCGGCGGUCAAGCGAAAAUACUCGCCUGGUAGCGCCCCCAGCCUUCCGCAAUCUAACGGUGAAAUGCGCAGUACGACGUCCCAGCGUCCCACCAUGGCGCCGACGGGACAACGCCAGAGGGAGCCCGAGAAGAUUACCGCGUCGUUGAGCCAAGAGCACGCGCAAUGGCUUCACGCCAUGAAGUCCCGCGAGGCUCAGGGCGCGCCACCGGGCUAUCCCGUCGGCGUUCAGAGCGCCUUUCAAACGUACGGCUCAUUUCCCAACAGGCGCCUCUUACCGGAAGACCUGCCCUUAAAUCCCGCGAUGAGCAACGCCGCCUGGAGCAACUACACGGAAGGUCUCCACGAACAGUAUGCUCUUCAGAUGGCGAAGCACGGUUUUUAUCCGGGACAACCUGCGUGGAGUGGCUCCGAGAAGCAGCAGCAGCAGCAGCAACGUGGCGGCGAGGCUGCAAGUGCUGCUAUGCUCGGGAGGGAGCCUCCUGCCAAGAGACCGUCCCGCGAGGAACCAGCCAUGCAUCAAAUGUCGAAAGAAAGGCACAUGAUGCAACCCGGUGACAAGCCUGUUACCCAUGCAGCGUCGUUGACAAAUCAAGCGCCGCCACAGGAACAGGCUCUGUCUGCGCAGGCACUUCAGGCACCACAGAACCCGCAGAGCAAGAACAACACUUGUGUCAUGUGUGGCCAGCAUGCUCAGUUCAUGUGCUCCGGCUGCCAGAACAUAUGGUACUGCGGGCCUCAGUGUCAGAGGAACCACUGGGUUAACCAUUCCAGCGUCUGCAUGGGGAGCAAGCGUUGAGUGUCGUGUCGCUGUGGCUCUCCGCGGUCUAACGCUCAAGAAAAGUGAUACGGAGAUGCGAAAUGCAUGUAUAUUGCUGUGAUGCAGCAAUAUUGUGCGCUCUGCUUCGUUGAGCGAGCAGAACUGAUCUCGUGCUGGGCACGCCAAACUCAUCAGGCUGAUUCUUUUGUACAGCUCAAGCAAGACCUCGGCUGGGAGAAAGCUGCGCGGCGCUUGAUGGAACACGCGGAGAAUCUCCUUGAAGAAGUGAUUGAUGCGGGACCCAGGAGUGUUAGCGAUCUGUGUGUGCCGUGCCAUAUGUUUGCGUGCUGUGUUGCGUGUACCGCGAUCGUGUUUGUGUGUUUUUUUUUCACACUAUACCGCGUCUGCGACUCCUCCGACAACUGCUACAUCGUGACUGGUUGAGAAGAUGCCGCUACACCGUCAACUCCACGUUUACUGCCGUGCUCUAGUCAAAACUCUUUGCUUUCCUACUACACUACGUUUCAAUUAUGGCCGCGAGAAAAAAAAAAGAACUUGUUCGCGACAUCACGAACUCUAUUGUCAAGCUUUCGACGAUGCAUUGAGGUUGCGAACAGUUUACCCAUGAGGAAGAAUGGCACGAGCAGUGUUAGCACCAUUUUCCUUCGUUUUGUUCUUGUUUUUUUCUCUGGAAUUUCGCGAGCUUGGUUGGAAUGAUAUCUGGUGAGAUAUGGUCUUUAUUCAACGCCGUGACCAAAGACAUUGGGAAUUGUAUUGUUUUCGCCAGUGACCAACUAGUGACACACGUGACAGGUAUACAGCGAGAUUCAAAGUUUUGUUAUGUUUGUUUGUUUUUUUACCAGAUUCACGCGCAUCAUUUUUAUCCUUUCCUCAGGUGUGUUUAACGAUGAACAUUAUUUAUGAUGGCAUGCCUGUUGCGUACCGCAUAACACUCAUAUUCACCACACUCCCAUUACCUUUUUUGUGUGUUUCUCCUUGUUCGGUUUGUACGCGAGAAAACUUGAAUCAUACGCGUGCAUAAUGGCGGUUAAGGAAUUUCAGUUAACUUGUUGUACAUUCUUUUGGGUCAUUCCAUCAUUGUUCGUUUUUGAGGCAUUCCCAGAAUAGUUCUUUUUUUUACUCUAUGAAUGAAUUUGCUGUUGACAAUGUUGACUGCAGGAUGUUUAAAGUGGUGCUGUCCGAAGCCAUAUUUACAAGCACUAUUUUGAUAGGUGAAAGAGAUACAUAUCAAACUGUGGUCUUCUUUGCGACACCGAGUCUUAUUUUAUGCCGCAUCGUGGUCUUCAUUGCGACACCGAGUUUUAUUCUUUGUAAAGAAUGAUAUAGCCAUACAAGUAUAAAUGAAAACACUGAUGUAUCACUCAACAACUUUUCUCCUAAUAAGUCGCCAAAUGUGCCAUAUUGAAGAAAAAAAAGUGUAUUAAUGACUAUAGUCUAAAAUGAUUGCACACUGCCACGUAGUUACAGGUAUUGACAAAGUUUUUGGAGAGAAAGCAUGGUUGGGCAGUGCCUUACGCCGCAAUGUUCGAUUCACUUGAUACGGUUAUAAUACUGCAGCGGUAUUCUUUUAUUGGACAGAUCCAAUCGAGUCAGCGUCUAUAGAUAAACUAUGAAAACGAAAGGAACGAUGUACGAGUUUCAGUACUUUUAGUAACCUUUGAGUAAUGUGGAAACACUUUAUACUAUAAUAUAUUUGUGGUAUAAGAGUUACUGCAAGUUGUGGUGCCAGGUUUUUUUUGUUUUGUUUUGUUUUUCCCUUUCACUCCAGCUCUACAAACCAAGCCUAGUCUUUUGGGCCACAGAGGGCGUUGUUCUAUAUAGGAAAUCUAUAUUAAGAAAAAUAAAAGUCCAUGUUACGUGCUCAAGUCACAGGAUGAUGUUGGUGAGUUCUCGAUGUAAUCAGCCCGGUACGCUUUAUAUAUACAUAUACAGUUUCUCAGUAUGGUAACCUGGUUCCUCAGAAGCUCGCGAGGUAGACAAGGCUUAUGAAAUGAAAUAUACACCCCACUGCGGCAACAAAACGACAGAGAAACGUACGUAGGUUUCUCCGAAGGAAAGCCUCGCAGUCCAAGAAAAAUUCGAAGGAAUAUUCGGGUUGAACAAUCGUUAGUUCAUAAGGCAAGCGUAAGAGUUUACACCUAUGAGAGUGCACAUUCCUAAAACGGCUCGUCUGGGUUGUAUGUCCCUCGUCUGUGGUAAGGCUUCUGCGUAGCCACUGUAUUCCUCGUGUUUUAUCACAGAGUCCGAUGUCCGUUUACGCGAAUGUCCAGCAGACUCGUCAGUCCGGAGCCUAGAUGCCCCGAGUAGUGGCGAUUUUCGGUGUCUCAGGAGUGAAUUAACAGAGCAUAAAAUAGGUUUAUUGUAACUGCCCAGAAAAGACACGUAUUACGAUGUGAACAUGUACCGCAUUGGUCAACUUUUGCAAUGUCGGGAGUAUCCGAACAGCUUUACAGCGUCAGUGUUGCGGCAUGGGUGCCACAAUGCGGUAACCCCGCCGGUGUGAGGCUGUGUAAAGGGUGAAGUUUAUUCUCACGCUCAAAUUCGUGCUACCGUCAGUCGAAAGAAGCUGACUUGCGCGUAUUCUAUUGGCCUUAUCUGAGAGAUGGUGCCAAAGGUUAGAGCGAAACAAGCAGGUUUGUUCGAGGGGCUCGUUUCUUAGUUAUACAGAACCAAAUAAUUUCUAUAGACCAACAGCCAAGAAAAGCAUGGGGGACAUUAUUUGUUGUUUUUAACUACAGUAUAGUAAUUAUAAUAUAAACUGAAGCGAAAUAAAAGGGACAAAAAAAUAACCCUUUUCGUCGGUGGGGCCGGAACGAAUAAUUCUCGAAUUACGCAGGUUGUCAGUCUUAUGCAGGGCUCGGACUCGCGACGCUACGCUUUGAGCUUGAAGGGACAUUAAAUGCAAAUAUCAAGUGAAACUAAAGGAACACAUUAGCUCUCCCUCACGUCUUAAGCGUCAAAUAUAACUUUUUCGAAUAAAAAAGUUACAAAUUGGCCAAAGUUGGUGGAAUCACAGUGAGUGCAGGGUGUCUCACGCAGCUUUUGCGUACUUUAUAACGAAAUCUGAGGGCGUGAUGGGAAUAAAACACACUCAGCACCCUUGAGCUACGAAACUUUUUUGUUACUUUGGAGCAUCGUAAUUGAUAAUUACAUGAUAGAACGGUAGCUUGGGCUAGUUGGUGAUCUAGAGUCGACAUAUUUGCACAGUACGAAAUGAACGAGGACGCAUGAAAUGACACAACACAGCGCCUCUGUUGUGUCAUUUCGAUGUCGACUCAUAAUUAUAGAUACUGCUCUACUUCUGAAAUAUUAAGUUCCAUAGGAGAACUUCAGAACUUGCGGAGUAUAUUAAAAACUAUCCUAUGGAUGAGUUCCUGCUAGAACAGCUGUUGUCAAUCCAGUUCGAAAGUCGAAAGAAAGCGUGCGAGACUUGCAAGAACAUCAAGUGGUUACGCUGGCUUACAAUGAUUUCCCUGGCUGACCGAUUAGAAUUUACAAGUCCGCACUUCGUUUGGUCUACUAAGUCAGGAGCUAAUUCAAUCUCCUGACAUUAGUAGACCAAGAUAGGUUUCUGAAGGUAUGAUUUAAAUAUCUAGACUGAUUCGUUCUCCAUCUGCAGUUACUCCUUAAGCGACGGUAAUUCGCUAACUGCCGAGAGUAAAUCCAUAGAACAGAUAUCAGCAAUGACAUGGCGUUGUAGGAAACGCUGAAGUUCACCGGUAUGGAGUACUUUCUCUGCAAUCAUUUCUCGGACAAUCAGAGGCUCUUUUUUGAGAGCUCCUCGUGCUUUUUGGUUUCAUGUUCCCGUGCGCAUGUUCAGUGCACAUUCAAUGCGCAUUGUGCCAUGUGCUCCUCACAUAUGCCAAAAUAAAGCGCGGUAUCGACACAAUAAGGUGCCGCGGCUGUUACCUGGAGAACAGUCAUUGUUUAGGACUGCAAGUUAACUAGGUAGGGGUAUCGUAACUACGCUGCAGUAACUUAACUUUCUCGACUGUGAAGUCAUGGUGCCCUUUCAGUGAGUAAUGAGGCUUCGUACUUCUCCAGUACGCGCAGAGUUUGCUCACAGCUGCGUUACAGCGCAUUGUAUUUCAUAUUGGCUUACGUAAAAAGGGCUUUGUGGACCAGCCUUUCAUUAAUGAGUACGAAAAGGCACUAUCGGUACGGUUGAAGUUGACUAGUAAAAGAAUGUGCUGGGCUCGUAAGGUGUUCAUAAAGUUAAUAGAUGAAAAUGAUCUCAUUUAAUUCCACAUUGUUCAUCAUGUGACAACAUGUGUUGUAUCUAGCGGAAAGAAAGUACAAAUGUGGCGCUGUUUAGAAGAAACUCUUGUCUGUAUAGGCACGGUUUUUUGUGGGGCAUUUUCUUUUAUCGUUAUCACUACCCGAUUGUUUGAAAUACGUACUUCUGUGGCCUAUGUACCUACCAGAAAACUAGAGAAAGACUGAUUAGCACCGCGCGUUCCCGGUGUCAGAAAACAGGCUACUGGAAUUUGUCAACGAGAACAUUCAAUAUGGCUGCAGUGGUACAUUGUAAAUUGAGCGUUUUCUGGGUUUUUCGUUGUGUAUUUACAUUGUUUCGAUGGUGACGCUACGUGGUGUGCCAUAGAGAUAUCUAAGCUUUUACAGAACAUUGUGUCUUUACGAGGCAUGUACGGUACAGUGCAAUAUGACAUUCCUAAUAAGUGCAAACAGGCUUCAUUGCUGCUCAACUCUACUAUCUGCAUUAUGGCUCCAGCACUCCCUCCAUCAACCACACACGGAUGGGAAUACCACACAGUCACAAAUGCACUCAUUGUGUUUAUCAAGAGUGCUAAUGAAGUAACUAUGACUACUGCUGAUUCGUUUAUCAACAAAUGUUGGCUCUUAUACAGUUGGAUGCAAGAGCCUUUUUUGGAAAGCUUUCGUGGUCCAACACCCGUAAGCUUCUCAGAAUUCAGAUUCUGUCGUUUUCUUAGCUUCUUUUCGCAAACAUCGCUUCUCCUAUUCGGUCUAAAGUUAACGCGGCUCCGAAUUUCUGAGAUCGACUUUCUGACAUGUGGAUUUUCUCGUCAUUCGUCCAAUGGAGCGUCUAUUUUUCGCUUCUGAGGCAGGCGCUGCGGCGUUGUCCAUUGCGGCUGCCCCGACUUUUCGAAACGCGUUGUCGCGUUGCCUGCUUUCAAACUCAAGAUCACGCAAUACAUAUGAGAUGCCUGGACAGGGAACCUUGCUCAAACAGUUUGCCCUCCACACUGCUUAUGGACCAAACAAUAAGGGCUGGCUCGAAGAAGGUUUUGGCAGGCCUUGGCAAUAAUUGUCUCGCGGUUUGUCCAAACACUUACUACAAUGUAAUAUGCGACACACUUUUUAGCUGGCCAUCCAUAACGCUGUGAUCUCUUGUACUGUAUUGGAAAGGGACAUAUGGAGUUGGGUCGCUUGGCGUUGGGCUAUUAGUUAUCUUGCCUUGUGACGGCUUCAAACAUUAGCCUGAGUAGAUUCUUUUUUUUUUUUUGCAGGAGUUUAAGGUUGAAGCGAGUAAUAGUACAUCACGAAGUUAUUAUUUAAGCAUGCCAUCACGAUUCUUUUAUUUAUUACCACCGGAGGUGUCGCAGUGUUUGACGUUGAUGUUUUAUGCUGAAGCCUCCGUGCCUAUUUUGUUUAUUUGCUCUUGUAACUUAAUCAUGUACAGUGGUUGUGUGAUUUGUGGCGCAAGCUUGUGCUCAUUUUCACGAAUUUUCGCAUAUACUGUUGUGUGGUUGACUGUGUAAAGAGAUGUUUCAAUGCGCAUUUGAUGUUCAUUAAAGUGGCUGAUAUUUCCUUCGUUUCAA